GCUGAUAGUACUUUAAAGAAAUUUAAACAGGAUGAUGUGAAAGAACGAUUUGAGGGAGCAGUAAGCCUUGCGAAGAUUUGGGUAGUGCAUUCCAGGCAGAAGGAGUAGUAAGUGCAGAGGCCUUAUGGUGGGACAGAUUCCAAGCUCAAGGUAAAGAAAAAGGCCACAAUGGCUGGGCAGAAGCAGCAAGAUGAGGAUGGAGGGAGGUGAGGACUGAGACUUGGGCACCCAGUCUUCUUGAGUCAGCGAAAGGAGUUUGACACUUGCAUCUCAGUGGAAAACAGAAGAGUGACAUGUUCUCAUUAGGGACUUAAGAUUACCUCUGACCCCUCAUCGUAUUCAGUUGCCCUUGAGCAGAGGGAAGGCAUGAAAUGCAGAGCGACAAAGCCAGGAAAGACAGCGCUACAGAUAUGAAAAACUGAAUCCCUGAGAGGUUGGUCUCUGCUCUCAUCUUUUAAUCCUGAAGACUUUAAGCUAUACCUGGAUCUAGCACUCUUUUGGAAAACUUCCCUACCAAGCAAUAAAUUACACACAGUACCUUUGUAUAAAAGCUUUUGGAUUCUCCAAAUCUAAACAAGAUUUUUCUUCCAUUUUCCCAUGAAGCUGCAUUGCUGCUUAUUCAUUUUAGUGGUGAGUGUUACUGUUCCAGCUGCUUUUGUUUUAGAAGAUGUGGACUUCGGCCAAAUGGUCCCACUGGGAACAAAUGAUACUUCUUACAAUGCAUCAUUUCCCCGAAGCUUUGAACUCUCAGCAGGCUCACACUUGGGUGAUGAUGUCAUCAUAGCCAAAGAAGGAACUAGUGUUUCCAUCGAGUGUCUUCUCACAAUCAGUCACUAUGAAGAUGUCCACUGGUACAACUCAAAAGGACAGCGACUGGAUGGCAGAGGCAGAGGUGGAAAAUGGUUGGUUUCUGAUAACUUCCUAAAUAUUACCAACGUAGCCUUUGAAGAUCGUGGGCUCUAUACAUGUAUUGUCACGUCUCCACUUCGUGCCUCCUACUCUGUCACCCUGCGAAUUAUCUUCACCUCAGGAGACAUGAGUGUCUACUACAUGAUUGUUUGCCUGAUUGCCUUUACAAUCACUCUCAUCUUGAAUGUCACACGGUUGUGCAUGAUGAGCAGCCAUCUUCGCAAGACAGAGAAGGCCAUCAAUGACUUUUUCAGAACUGAAGGGGCUGAGAAACUUCAGAAGGCCUUUGAGAUUGCAAAACGCAUCCCCAUCAUCACAUCAGCCAAGACCCUAGAGCUUGCCAAAGUCACACAAUUUAAGACCAUGGAGUUUGCACGUUACAUAGAAGAACUGGCAAGAAGCAUUCCUCUUCCACCCCUUAUUCUAAACUGCCGAGCUUUUGUUGAGGAAAUGUUUGAGGCUGUGCGAGUGGAUGACCCUGAUGACAUAGGGGAAAGAAUUAAAGAGAGACCGGCCUUGGAUGCUCAGGGUGGCAUCUAUGUCAUUAACCCGGAGAUGGGGCGGAGUAAUUCACCAGGAGGAGAUUCAGAUGAUGGCUCUCUGAAUGAACAAGGCCAAGAGAUAGCAGUUCAGGUUUCUGUCCACCUUCAGUCAGAGACGAAAAGUAUUGGUACAGAUUCUCAAGACAGCACUCAUUUCAGCCCUCCAGAUGAUAUAGGAUCUGCAGAACCUAACUCCAGCUACAAAGAUGGGGCAUACGAAAACUCGCAGCUGUGAGCUAGCCUACUACUUACAAAAACCACUCAGAAAGGGGCCUGUUUCUUACAGGAUAACAUUUUUACCAAAAAAUGGCUAGGGUUUUCCCCUCGUUAGUAAGCAGAUUAGAAGGUGAAUUUCCGAAAUCUUGGAUAAAGUGCAGGGUUUUUCCUAUCUGAUAUUUCUCAGUCUUUUUCUUCAAACCUGGUUUAAUGAUGCAUGUUAAAAGUUCAGGAAGCCUGAGAGAUAAAUGUGAUGGGAAAAGUGCUUAACUAGGAGUCUCAUGGCUUCUCUUCUGGUCACAUUUAUUCUGUUGGUAGAUCAGACCCUUACUUUGAAGCCUCAAGUUUUCCCAUCAGUAAUGUGAGGGAUUUGCAUUACUUGAAAUGUGAAGUUUCUAGCCGUAUAACUUCUUACCCAUUCCCUAAACAAACCACAAAAAUCUUCAGUAUAUCUCUAAGUAAAUCCUUCCCCUAGACUUCUAUUCCCUUUCUGGGGGAAGGAUCAAGCUGAGAUGUUAUUCUGGGAUCUAGAUUCCACAUCAGUGCCAUAAUGCACAUAGGUGUGGGUAUAUUAUUUAGAUGUUCUCCAUGUGUAGUAUACAGUUAUAUGUGCUAAGUUGAAUCUUCAAUGUAGCAAUGACUUGUUUUACCGAUAUCAGGGAGUAAUUGCUCUUUAGCAAACUACUUUCCGUGAGUAAUUCGGUCCUUCUUGGGGAACAUCUUGUCUUUUUAACUUACGGAGAUAGCAUUUAGGUCAUUGAGGCUGGCAGUGAUUUCCCAUUUGAUCUCCCAGCAUGAGCUAUUUGUUCCUAAGGAAUAGUGUCUUUGAUGCUUUUAGAAUAAGAACAGGUCAAAUCAUUUUGUUUGAUAAAUCAUGGAUUUUGAUAUUUCUUUUAACAGAAUUCUCAGGCUUUCCUUUUGUAAAGUAUUAGACUCUACUUAUGGGUUCUGUGUUGGGAUCCCAUUCUAGGAGAUACCCAAGAACCGGGUUUCUCUACACCUCUGUCAGCACUCUUGCCCUCUUUGGUUUGAAAUAUGGUGCUAAAGGUUGUAUGCCUCCUUGUUUUGUUUAUAUUUUAUUGUGGAGGUUUUGUUUUUGUGUAUUUCAGAUAGAUAACUGAGCUAGGGCUGCUUUUGUGGCCUUUCUGAGGAGCUCUUGCCAGAAAUACAUAACUGUGUUUAGUGUGUUACCAUGUUAAACACACAGACACGCAAAAGAUAUAGACAUAAAGAGGAAGAAAAACAAUGCAUGGUGCCACCUGGUUCAGCUGUGUAUAAUAAGCACUCACGAUGGCAUUUCCUGCCUGGCUGAGAUCAGAUAGAGUGAAAUUGUAAAUACGCUUCAGAAGAAUUUCCUCAGCUGUGGGAAGUUUGGUGAAUUUGGCAGUGGAGCUCCAUUUGGUGCUUCACAUUUCCUCAUUUGGCAUCUAAUUAUUGAAACGAUACUUGAGAGACUCCUGAGGGAAAUGUGCAGAGUUUUAAUCAGGAUUUUAAUUUAAGGUUUCAACUAGAGGAAGAUAGGAAAUUCAAAGUGUGACCAGUAGAACUGAUGCCUCCGUUUGUCCAGGCUUAUGAGAAAUAACACACCUGCUCCGGAUUGCAUGAGUGAAUCAAUGUGCAGUUUUAUCAGAUGGCAUUAUGGAUAAAGAUGAUAGCGCUGCCUUUCUGUCUCUCAGGCUGUUUCCAUGGAGACCUCCAGAGCCAAACAAAAGCUACCAUUUAGCCAAAGCUUGCCCAGCCUGGCUCAUAGACCUACACUUCAAGGAAAACAGCUUUCAUACAUUUGGCUGUGAGAGCAAGGGCUCUUGAACAUAUCAUGGAUUAUGGAAUGCAUUUUCCCUUCCUACAAUAUUUCUUUUGAAAAAUUAAAAAAAUUUAAAUCCCUUGUCUGGGACAGUCCCCUCAAUAUCCCUCACAUCUUCAGGUAAUACCUUCAACCCUAUUGUACUGUAGAAGUUUCAGAUCAUCUCUUAGAAUGUAGUUUGUCACAUUAUACAGAAUAGUUUUGCCCCACAUGAGGAGGUAUUUAAAAAACUAAGUUUGCACAGUUAUAUUUAAGUACAUCAGUGUAUCCUGGACAAAUUAUUUUAGAAACAAAAUGGUGACCUGAUAUGGUGGCCAAAGUAAUUAGUUUACUUUGAAUCUUCCACAUUAUGGUGCCAUUUAUGAGGAAUUAAACUAAGUCAAAACUUAAUCAGAGAUGGUAUUCUUUUGAAAAGCUCAUUUGCAGGAGGAGAAAAGCAACACUUCCUGAUAUUUUCUGUAUCAAAUACUUUCAUAUUUAAUUAAUAGCCUAAUGUUAUCUUUUUGUAUCAUCCUUAAUGUUUUGAACCUAAACUGCAAACUAAAACAGUCAUCUAAUGUUAACUGUGGUGUAUUUAUCUUUUUGUCUUGCUGGAUUUUAUAGUUAUUGAAAAAUGCCUUUAUGCAGAAAUAUGUAUUGAAAAUAGUUGUCAUCUCAUUUGUAAAUUUUGUAUUGUGAUUUAAUGAACCUUAUUGUCCUUAUAAAAUGAAAUGAUUGCUUUGUAAAAUAAAUUCACCAAAACUCAA